AUGAACGCGUCUUCCGAUGACUCCUUGACGGCCUACGCCAGACAGCUCGUACGAAGACUCGGCGGCGACAGAGCAGCUAUCCUGGAGCUCAUUGACCGUCUGGAGGCUUCCAAUGACGUGCUUGAGAUCACCGCACCGCCUCUUCAAUUCGAGCGACUCCUAGAUGUCUUGAUCGACCCCAUGCAACCCUAUCCCGCCUACAUCGAAGCGAGCGAGUCUGCUUUGAGCAUCUACACAGAGGAUGAGAUGGACAUCAUUGUGAUAUUCAUCCAGGCCCGCUUCUGGAUCACCCAGGUACUCGGACAUCUGUCCAAUCGACAUUUCCGCCACUGGAUCAAUGUCUUCAUGAUACCUCGACAGAUCUUACGCGAGACGUGGUACAGCCUUCGACGCGCAAGCAUCGCUCCUCUGGUCACGGGGGCAUUGCCCACCUGGGCCAAAACGUUCCCUCCGGCGGGGGCGGAUAUGCUAUGGGCGAGAGCGGACUUCGCUUACCUCAGAAAGCAAUACUUCCCAGACGACGUUGACGACGCUUUUCCCGGCUUCCUGAAACACUACAAGGAGCUCCGUGCGGCCGUCCGCAACCUCAAGGGAACCCUCUCCCAGCUAUACGCUCAAUGCAUGACUCCCGGCAGCAGUCGUGGUAUGUUCCUGGAUCACUAUUUUGACCGAGUGAAGGAAGCCGAGGCUCUGAUGGACCUGAACCUCAAGCAAGCCAGAAAGUGGUUCAAGACGACGGCGAACACGAUGAAGCUGGCCCGCCUUCCAGGAGCGAACUUCGGCCUCGAAUACGGAACUCACGUGUUCGUGGACUGGCUCGAGGAAAUGCAUUUCGAGAGGGCCCCCGGGCACUGGGCCUUUGCGGACAGGGAGUUCAGCCCUAUCCAGACCUUGCCUGGCAGUCCCUGGUGUCGGUGGUUCCGCAACCGACUCCAGCCUUCCUUCGCUCUCAUCCGUUACGAUAGGGUAAACACAAAUGGAGAGACUCCUCAUUUCUUCACGCAGGGCCCCGUCGAGAUUCAAGUGCCGCAUGCCGUCCUGCCGAUCAUCAAGUACUUCAAGGACAUCUACAACCGCGAGACUGCGGCUCAAAGAGCUGCGGGCGAGGCACCAGCCCCGAAGAGCGGGGCAGAUAUGGAGCGAGAGAACAAAGAGUUGUCCAGAUCCACAGGCGAGCCCUACUGGCACAUCCGCAAGUACGCAGACAAGGACGGAUACGUCGAACUGGAAUACUCCCAGAACCCUGCGCUGGCACUUCGACCCAUGUACGACGGAGCGGGCAACCUCCGCCUCGAUUAUAUGAACGCGAUGCUGCACGAUUUGGUCCACGGAGGAGUUCCUUUCGAUUUCCGAAAGGACUUCGGCCUCAUGGUCCUGACUGCUGCGAACUGA